CUGUGGGGCUGAAGGGGGCACAAAACGGGGGAGCAAACGGAAAGAUAUCUAGAGCAGAGCAUGUGAAUAAGAAGGAGUGAGUUUAUAAUCUCUCUCUGACAUGCGAAAAGUGCAGCAUGCUCUCUUCCGAACUGGACUCUGCGGAGGACACGACGGCCAGCGCUCCCAAUGAGGAGGAAGACUCACCGGCUGAGAGGGAUGUCCCGGAGGAGCAGCGUCCAGUGAAGCAGUCCCUGGGUGCUUGUGUCUGCCGAGAGUCCCAUUGGCGCUGCCUGCUGCUCUCCCUGCUCAUGUACAGCUGCAUGGGCGCGGUGGCCUGGUGUCAGCUCACCCGGGUCACCAAGAUCAGCUUCAACCCCGCCCUCACCUCCUCCUUCACAGCCUCCUUCACCUCCUCCCUACGGGGGGCGUCUGGGAUGGGCGUUGGAGGACACUCAAUGAUCUACCACGACAGCCCCUGCUCUGACGGCUACAUCUACAUCCCUCUGGCUUUCCUGCUCAUGCUCUAUGUGUUGUACAUGGUGGAGUGCUGGCACUGCAGGGCCAGGAGCGACCUGCAGUGCAAAGCAGAUGUGGACAGCGUGUAUGAGCGUGUGCUGCGGAUGCGGCAGGCCCAGCCCUGCAUAUGGUGGAAGGCUAUCAGCUACCAUUUUGUCCGACGGACUCGGCAAGUCACUCGAUACCGUAACGGGGACGCCUACACCACCACACAGGUGUACCAUGAGAGGGUGAACACGCAUGUGGCAGAGGGAGAGUUUGACUACAGCCACUGUGGGAUGAAGGAUGUAUCGCGUGACCUCAGAGGCUUGGAGGGAUUUCCGGCAACUCGCCUGCGCUUCACCAAGUGUUUCAGCUUCACAGAGGCAGGCCCAGAAAAUGAUUACCUCAACCAGAGAGCCAGGUUCUUCUCUGAGAUCGAGGGUUUGGACGAUUACAUGGAGGCCAGGGAGGGGAUGCAGCUGAAGAAUGUGGACUUCAGAGAAAACCUGAUAGCCUUUGUAGACCCAGACAGGAUGCCUUGGUACACUUCCCAGGUUGCCUUCUGGCUGGCAGCUCUCUUCAUGCUGUCCUGGCCUCUGAGAGUGCUCAUAGAGUACCGCACCGCUUAUGUGCACUACCGCAUAGAGAAACUUUUUGGGUUAGAGUACAGCCAGAGCAGCCCCUCUCCUCUGGAUGAAGACAGGCCUGUGAGGAAUAACACUGUUUGUUCUGUCCCCAGAGUAGACACACUGGACAGCACUGAAAUGGAGUGGCACAUACGCUGCAACCGACAGGUGAUUCCCAGCUACUCGGAGGCCAUGCUGAUAAACAUGAGCACAGCAGACUCUGUUUCACUACACGACACUGAAUGCACCUCAUCCUCGAACUGCUUCCUGUUGGACAGCAGCCAGACUGCACAGAGUUACGGCGCUCUCCAAAGCCAGGUUGAUUGCGAGCAAUGCAGCGAGCUGACUGGACAAGGAGACGGGGGAGGCAGGAGGAGGACCGUCACAAGCUCCAGCUGCUCCUCCAUCUUCUCCUGCCGGGGAGCACUGUUCCAGUCCCACCUCUCGUCGGACACGUCUCGCCUCUCUCUCUGCCGCAUGUACGGCUCCCAUCGCACUGUGGCUCUGUGGAGGAGCCGCAGCAGCAAUCUGACGGACCCCUGCUGCGUGGAUGAGCAGUGCUACAGGUCCGACUCCAGCCAGCUAGCCCUCAGCGACAGCCCGCCUACUUAUAGGGACGCUCGGUUCUUCCCAGUUCUCAUUGUACAUCGGCCUGAGGGCUGUGGCAGUGAGGACGGGGGGGAGGUGAGGCGUUAUUAUAUACGGAGAGGGUCGUCCAGUGUGGAGACGGCUCUGUAAAGGACAAACUGACACUGACUGAUAAGUCAAGAUAGAUCAGUAAUAAAGGAUGGUGAUGCAGAGUCGGUCACUGUUGGAUAGACAGAAUGACAUUAAUGAAGAUCUAUGGAGACUAUGUGCUCUUUCAGGAAAUCCCACUGUAAAUAUGAAGCAAAAGUAACAGAUGCAGGUGUGAUGUAGCUACAUGCACUGGGACACUGUCACCUUGGCAUUGUCAUACUCUCCUUGUGGUAGCAAGACUCUGUCAUGUGUAUAAGUAAAUGAUAACUGUCAAAAACUGAUGA